GCUUGACUUUUUAUCUGAUAGCUGUCAGCUUUCUAUGUGGCUUGGCUUUCGUGUAGUGUUAUAUGGAGAAAGCUAACCUGGGUUAAAACGUUUAGGUGUUCAGUGGGUGUGCUACGAACUCGGGCUAAGCUAGCUGCUGCUAACCGUUGACGUCUCCCCGAGGGUCAAAUCGUAAACGGAAACUAUAAAGCAGUCAUGUUUCGAAGAAUUCCUCCAGUCCUCUCUGUUCGACCGACCCGGGCUCUGGUUGAUGAGAUGUUCAAGGUGGUGGUGGAGAAUCUGCCGCCAGCGUCUCCAGUCACUCUUCACUCCCUUCACUUCUCUGAGGACAAGGACUACUGGGAGGCUUAUGGACACUACAUGAGUGAUCACAGAGGAACAGUUAAUGUUGCCGAGGAUAUGAGUUUUGGGGGCACAUACACGGGAAAAGAACCCAUGGGUUUGCUGUGGAGUGUGCGCCCUGAACCCGGCAGCCGCACUGGCCUCAGGUUGAGAAAGAGAGAAGUCACCAGCCCCAUGCCGGUCCACAUCUCGGUCUACAGCGGACAUAUGACUGAGGGUUUCAGAAAGCAGCCUCCUCUGGCUUCUGUGCUCACAGAGAGAUGGUACAUGGCCCCAGGAGUCCAAAGGGUCGAACUCAAGGGGAAAGGAGUGCGAGGGACUCUCUUUAUACCUCCAGGUCCUGGACCCUUCCCUGGGUUACUGGAUAUGUGGGGAGGAGGUGGAGGGCUGUUGGAGUAUCGUUCGGCCCUGCUGGCGUCUCAUGGUUAUGUCUCUUUGGCGCUGGAGUAUUUCUCCCCUGGUGAGCUGAAGUCAGCAGAUCUACAGAUACAGUAUUUUGAGUCGGCAUUUAACCUCAUCAAGGACCAUCCUCAGGUGAUCCCGGACAGAGUUGGAAUUUUUGGUCUUUCACUUGGGACAAUUUUGGCCAUUUAUUUGGCAGCUGAAAGCACAAAAAUCAAGCCUCACUGCUGUGUUUGUAUCAGCGGCCACCACCUAAUAGCAAUCGGAUCGACCGUUCAUGGAACCCUACGGACAGACCCAGACAAGACUCGUUAUGAUGAGAACAACUACCGAAUAUGGCGUGACACCAUAUUACCCAUCCCCACUGACCCUUCAGAGAAACUGGAUGUGCGGAAAAUAAAGUGUCCCAUGCUGUUGGUUAUUGGUGAUGAUGAUCAAAACACUCCAACAGUCGAGGCUGCGGAGGAUAUGGCCAAGAUGAUGCAGUCAGGAGGGAACCUCCACCUGCUGUCCACGCUGACUUACCCCAACACCGGACAUCUGAUCGAGCCACCGUACUCUCCUCAUUUUAGAGCGACUAAUUUCAUAAUUCCUGACACAAAAGAGAAAGCGAUAGUUCUGUGGGGAGGACAAACCAAACCUCAUUCAGACGCUCAGGAGGACGCCUGGAGGAAGAUCUUAGCCUUUCUACAGCAUCAUCUGUACUCCAGCACAAUCCCCAGAGCCAGGAUGUGAAUGAUUAUGGUACCAGUGUAGUUGUAUUUAUAGGAAAUAUUAUUAUAGUCUUUUAAUAACAAAAAGAUCACAUCAAGCUUUUGAUUUCCCUAAUUGUGUCUCAUUUCCAUUAUGACAUGAACAGAAAAAAUGAAUGUGGGUCUUAAUGGUUUAAAUUAACAUUCUACAUUUGAGAUCAAAAUUCAAUUUGAUAGUUUAAGAUAGACUUUAAUAAUUCCCUAAGAGGAAAUUCAAACCAUUCACCGUUCUGUUGAAAAUGAUGCACAAAAAUAGACUGGACCACAUGGAUAUGAAUGAACAGGAUUGAAUGGACAUGCACUAAUGUAGAGAUGUCUGAGUGAGGCCUACCCACCCACCAUGAAGUAGUGGGUGGCGGGUUUGGUGCCUUCCUCAAGGAUGGUUCUGAAGUACUCAGUUAGUAGUUAGUGUGCUGGGGCUUCUACAGGAACUGGACCAAUGUCCAGACUUGUUCUAACCAAGACUUGAACUAACAAUCCUAAAUGCAGCCCAAAAUAACUUCCAAGCCAGCUGAGGACAUUUCAAUGCACAACAAAGUGUCCACACUAGACUAGACUAAAAAAAUAAAUUCUGUUGCCAAAGAAACAAAACAGAGGUUGUGUUGGUGUGUUAAAGCAUUCAUUCAUCCAAAUAUACCAUCUACUGUGUGUAACACUGCUUCUUUGUUAUAUUUUCUGGUCAUAUGCAGCUAUCUUGUUGAGUUAUUAGACUUUAUAAAAAUCAAUAUUCAUCAGUUAAUUGCUGUUAAAAUUUAAGGAUGAAUGGUGGAUCAGUUUUUAAGCUAACAGCUGCAUUUUUAAGAAUAAGAAAUGUUUUGUAUUUUAAUGUUUUUUUUUAUUUAUUUAUUGUAAAACCAGCUAAUUCCUUCCAAGGGUCACUUAUCGUAAAAAAAACAUGGGUUUAAGACUUAUGUUUCAUUUUCAUUUUGUUACUCUGCUUUUUAAGGUUUUGGGACAAAUACUGGAGCUUAGAGCCAUCAGACUUCUCACAGACUGGUGGUCAGUUUACCCUGUAGAUACUUAAUGCCACUCCAAACACAUGUAUAAGCUGUGUUUUGAAUCCUGAUUGUAUCUCUGCCAACAAAUUUUUCUCUGGUGAAUGAACAUGUCUGUCUUUCAUUUAAAAAUGAUGUAAUCAAUGCCUAUAAUUACUGUGUAAUUCAAUUUCUAUAA